AAACUGUUUAGUUUAAGAGGGUUAGGUGCUGAGUUUCAAACUUUAGGGAGAUUAAGCGAAAAUAGAUCGUAGUUGAGUGGGAUUUAAUGUAAACUUACCCAAUUUCUUAUUAUUGAGAGCAAACCAAACCUAUUUUGACCUCUCUCCCACUCCAACUCCUCUAAAUUUCCUGCGCUUUCCGGGAAAAUAGCUGCAAAAUUUUCCCACCCCCCCAAACACGACACUUAUCCGAGCAGCCUUUUUCCCCCCUAUGAUUUUCUGAGCUUCCUUUUGUUGCCCUCGCGAUUGUGCAAAGAGGAUUAGCAUGGGGUGUGCUGGAUCGUCGGAGGCCAAAGGAGAGGAUUUUGCACCAGGUUGUACUGCCCUUUUAGCCCAAGUGAUAUUUGGGUCCUUCAAUGGACCGGGCACAGUGAAGAAGAUCGAAAAGCCAAAACCUUGGAAGCAUUCGCCACAAAUAACAAAGAGCCAACUUCUGCAGAUGCGUGAGGAGUUCUGGGACACUGCUCCUCACUAUGGUGGCAGGAAAGAAAUUUGGGAUGCCCUUCGCGCUGCUGCAGAAGCUGAUCUAACCCUCGCACAAGCAAUUGUGGACAGUGCUGGAGUCAUUGUUCAAAGUGCUGAUUUGACAAUAUGCUAUGAUGAAAGAGGUGCAAAAUAUGAACUACCGAAGUAUGUUAUGAGCGAACCUACAAACUUGAUUCGAGAAGGCUGAAAACAUAAAGGAUAUUACAUGGCUGAAUGUAUAUAGUGUACAUCAUUCUCCUUUGGAACCUAUAAUGAAGUCCAGUUCACUUUUGUUCCAUUUUCUUUUAAAUUGACUAUCGAAACUUGUUUUGAAUUUGUUUUGGUAGCUUUGCGAGAAAUGGGUAGUAGCUAUUUUUUGUUUUUCAAAACAUCUUCACUAAAAUAGAUUCUGCAAGUAGUUAUUGGGCUUUUAGCCAAUAUUAUUGAACAUUCUGUCAGUUUCUACAGUUUCUAUUUUGAGGACAGAUUCUCUACA